CUCAGCCUGUUGAGAAACGGCGAGGCGGCAGCAUGAGGACGGGCUGAUGAGUCCGUCAGAUCAGAACCUGCCGUUGGGUUAGUAUGACCCCGUUGGAGCACAGCUGUCACCCACCCAGCUGUGCCGGCCUCCAUCUGCUCGCUGCCUGGAGGAAGCUAGAGUGUGCUCGACCAUGAGUGGAAGCGGUGCUCCUCCUGAGGGCCUUGAAGGCCCCAUGCAGGGCCUCCGUCAAUACCCCUGGCACCGUUACAGAAAGGCCUGGAGGAGGUGGGACAGCCAGCCGGCGACCGAGCAGCCGAUGGAUAGAUAUCAGUGGAGGACAUCUGCUCACCUGGCCCCUGAUGGGCCCACCCAACCAGGCUCGGUGCGCAGGAUCCUGCCUUUCCUUAGGUCCCUGUCCGAGCCUGGGGCCGGUGCUGACCCUGAGAAGGCCCUGCUUCGGGGGACGGGGUCAGACGCAGAGCAGAGAGCACCGUUCGUCAGCAGUUUCAUCAACUCGCUGUCACGAAAGAUCAGCAGAGUCCGGAGAGACAGACCAGAACCAGAGAGAGGACAGCCCGAUGUGAAGGGUCCUCCAGCUCACCGCUUCUCCUGCGGCCAGAGUCCAUACACCGAUGGUGCCUCCUGGGACCGGAAGUUCUGCGUCCUGACGGACAGCCAGCUCAUCCUGAUCCACAAGGAUGACGAGGCUGCCGCUGAGCCUCAGGAGACCGCCGCAGACUCCUCAAGGGCCCGGAGCCUCCGCAGGACCGUCAGCGUCCCCUCAGAGGGACAGUUCCCCGACUUCCAGCCAGAGGGCGCCGCCAUGCUAGAAGUGUCUUCGGAGCGGUCUCCGAGGAGGAGGAGCAUUUCUGGUCUGGGGAGUUCAGAUAAGAGCGUCGCAGUCGACAAUCCAAACUCGUCUCCUUUCAAAGUGCCGGGGUUUUUCAGUAAACGUCUCAAAGGCUCCAUCAAGAGGACGAAGAGCCAGACCAAACUGGACCGGAACACCAGCUUCAGACUGCCCUCGCUGCGACCCGCCGACCCCGACAGAUCCCGCGGGCUUCCAAAGCUGAAGGAGUCGAGCUCCCACGAGUCCCUGCUGAGCCCGGGCAGCGCGGUGGAGGCUCUGGACCUGAGCAUGGAGGAGGACGUGUUCAUCAAGCCGUUGCACAGCAGCAUCCUGGGACAGGAGUUCUGCUUCGAGGUGACGUAUUCAGGCGGCAGCAAGUGCUUCAGCUGCACGUCGGCCUCGGAGAGAGACAAGUGGAUGGAGAACCUGCGGAGGACGAUCCAGCCCAACAAGGACAACUGUCGGCGGGCCGAGAACCUGUUGCGACUGUGGAUCAUCGAAGCCAAAGACCUGCCGCCCAAGAAGAAAUAUUUCUGCGAGCUGUGUCUGGACGACGUCCUGUACGCCCGGACCACCAGCAAGACCCGCAUCGACAGCUUGUUCUGGGGGGAGUACUUUGACUUCUCCAGCCUGCCCGCCGUGCACAGCAUUACCGUGCACAUCUACCGCGAAGUGGACAAGAAGAAGAAAAAGGACAAGAACAACUAUGUGGGACUGGUCAACAUCCCGGUGUCAGGCGUGACGGGUCGGCAGUUUGUGGAGAAGUGGUACCCAGUCAGCACCCCCACCGCCAGCAAGGCCAAGGGAGGCGGGCCGUCGAUCCGCAUCAAGUCCCGCUUCCAGACCAUCUCCAUCCUGCCCAUGGAGCAGUACAAGGAGUUCGCCGAGUUCGUCACCAACAACUACACCAUGCUGUGCUCGGUCCUGGAGCCUGUCAUCAGCGUAAAGAACAAGGAGGAGAUGGCGUGCGCCCUGGUCCACAUCCUGCAGAGCACCGGCCGGGCCAAGGACUUCCUGACAGACCUGGUGAUGUCUGAGGUGGAUCGAUGUGCCGACCACGACGUCCUGAUCUUCAGAGAGAACACGUUGGCCACCAAAGCCAUCGAGGAGUACCUGAAGCUGGUGGGACAGAAGUACCUGCACGAUGCUCUGGGUGAGUUCAUCAAAGCUCUGUACGAGUCGGACGAGAACUGUGAGGUGGAUCCCAGCCGAUGCUCCGGCAGCGAUCUGGCUGAACAUCAGAGUAACCUGAAGAUGUGCUGCGAGCUCGCUUUCUGCAAGAUCAUCAACUCCUACUGCGUGUUUCCUCGGGAGUUGAAGGAAGUGUUUGCUUCGUGGAAGCAUCAGUGUGUCGCCCGCGGCCACCCGCAGGACAUCAGCAAGCGUCUGAUCAGUGCCUCGCUCUUCCUGCGCUUCCUCUGCCCUGCCAUCAUGUCGCCGUCGCUCUUCACCCUGAUGCAGGAGUAUCCAGACGACCGGACGUCCCGAACGCUCACGCUCAUCGCCAAAGUCAUCCAGAACCUCGCCAACUUCACCAAGUUUGGAAACAAGGAGGAGUACAUGGCCUUCAUGAACGACUUCCUGGAGCACGAGUGGGCGGGGAUGAUGCGUUUCCUAUCAGAGAUCUCCAACCCGGAGACCCUGUCCAACACGCCGGGCUUCGAAGGCUACAUCGACCUCGGCCGCGAGCUGUCGGUGCUGCACGCGCUGCUGUGGGAUGUCGUCUCUCAGCUCGACAAGGGUGAAAAUUCCUUCCUGCAGGCCACCGUAGCAAAGCUGGGCCCGCUCCCUAAAAUUCUGGGAGAUAUCUCUCGGUGUCUGGCGUCUCCCACGCCGGUCCAGCAGCAGCUGCGCCCUUUCCAUGACCACGGCUCCGCCCACAACAUCAGCGGCAGCUUGUCGUCGGGGUUACAGCGAAUCUUUGAGGACCCCAGUGACAGCCGCAGCGAGGUCCGCAGCCUGCAGUCUCCAGUUGGCGAGCUGGUGGAGGGCUACGCUCGAGGCCAGCGCCCCCCACCACUUCCCUCUGCCAGCGGCAGCUUUUCGGACCUGGAGGACCGGUCCGGCCCGCUGCCCAACGGUCGCAGCAUCUCUCUGGUGGACCUGCAGGACGUUCAGGGUCUGGGUCCGCCACACCACGAGGCCCCGCCCCGCCUCAGCAGGGUGGGUUCCCAGACCUCCAUCGGACACGUCCCGCCCACUAUGACUUACCCCCACUCCAACCCGGUGACACCUCAGCUGGCUAUGCACCAGGCUAAGGCCCCGCCCAGAGAAGGGGCACCUCAGAGCGCCCCGCAGCCCCGGCGGCCGCUACCGCCCUCCGUCAGCCAGCAGCGGAGCCUCCAGCCGCUGUCCUUCCAGAACCCCGUCUACCACCUCAGUAACCCCGCCCAUAGCCUGGUGACGCGCCCCGCUCUCAUGCCACGCCACGACUCCAGCUCAGAGAACCUGAGUACGGAGAGCUCGCACAACAGCCGCACCAACUCGGACGAUCUGGGCAGCCAGGUGGGGGUCAGAGGUCGCGCAACAUCCAACAGCAGCCUGGACGAGGUGGGCAGUAGGCGAAGCGCCCACAGCGAGGACUGCUCCACGCCGCGCCGCCAUGCGCUGCCUGACCUGCCGCUGGGCGCCGCUACCGCCGUCGCCAUCCCCCGUCAGAGCACGACAGCGGGCACCGCCCACAUCAUCAAGGUGGAGCAGCAAAGCAGAGGGGGCGGGGCCAGGACGCCACGCUCCAUCCCUCACAGCUCCUCGCUGCGCAGCAGCAGCAGUGCCAACACCGAGCCGACCAAUCGCCAGCAGUCUGUGGAGAACAUGGCUUCGCCUCCGAGGAGCACCGCCAAGCCACCGCCACAGGUGGCGUCGCCGGUAGAGACGGUGGCCAUGUCUCCGGUGGAGAGGACGGCAGCGUGGGUCCUCAACAACGGCCAAUACGAGGAGGAAGAGGAGGGAGGAGAGAGGAGCAGAGAGGAGGGAAGGAACACAGAGAAGUAUGAGCUGGAGAUCACCCGGCUGAAGGAACGUCUGCGGGUGUCCGGCCGCCGUCUGGAGGAGUACGAGCGCCGGCUGCUGGCUCAGGAGCAGCAGAUGCAGAAGCUGCUGCUGGAGUACAAGAACCGGCUGGAGGACAGCGAGGAGCGGCUGAGGAGGCAGCAGGAGGAGAAGGACAGCCAGAUGAAGAGCAUCAUCUGCAGGCUGAUGGCGGUGGAGGAGGAGCUGAAGCGGGACCACGCAGAGAUGCAGGCGGUCAUCGAAGCCAAACAGAAGAUCAUCGACGCUCAGGUCAGUAACGGAUGUGAAAUAAACCAAACAGGAGAAGCGGAUCGGCUCCCUGGACGCGGCGAACUCGCGGCUGAUGGCGGCGCUGACGCAGGUGAAGGAGCGUUACAGCGCGCCCAACCUCCGCAACGGCCUGUCGCCCAGCAACCCCACAAAACUGUCCAUCACUGAGAACGGAGAGUUCAAGAACAGCAGCUGCUGAUUGGUCCGCCUGUGCAUCAGGGGGCGGGGCUUAAGGCAAGAGACCUGCCCACCUGAGUGCAGAGAUGUGGACAAUAAAAAACAGAAAUGAUUUAAAGAUGGAAAAUCUGUAAAUGUGAGUGUAAAUACUGAAGUUUGAUUUGAUUGGUGUACAGUGUGUGUGUGUGUGCGCGUGUGUGUGUGCGUGUGCGUAGCGCCACAGAAGCACAGCGAGGAAAAAUCAAACCAAAUAUAGAAACUGAAGCGUUUUCUAACAGAGUUUUUUAAUGUUUUUAUUUGAAGCUGACUUUUUCUUUUAUUUCCUUCUUUAAUGUUUCCGAUUGGAGUUUUAGUUUGUUUAGGUUUGUUUUUGUUUAUUUUUUACCUGACGGGUUGUUGUGGGUUUUAAUUUAUUCCUCCUGGUUCUGGUCCUGUUGCUGAUCUACUGAACAGACUCCUGGAUGAUCCGGGGUCCAACGUCACACCUGUCUGCUGUCCCAUGUUACAAUAAAGCUGCCUGAAAAGCC